ACCUGAGACUGCAUCUUCACACAGCAUGAUGCCGUCCAGAAGACAGAGGACCUUUCUGCUGGCCUUCACCCUGCUCUGCACCCUGUGGGGUCUCGGGUACCCCCUACGGUGUGAGGUAUGCAGGAGUGAUGGGCAGAAGUGCAGUGGAAAACUGAAGACCUGUGACUCUGACAAGGACACAUGCGUGAUUAUGGUUGGCGAAUCCAGCACAAAGGGUCACAAGUCAGUGGGCACCAUCAAAACCUGCAUGAAGUCUAAAGAUUGCUUUUCUGGCAUAGUAUCGACCACCAUGAGUGCCCAUGACUACAUGGUGUCCAACACCCACUGCUGUCAGACUGAUGCUUGUAACACUGGAUCCCUGCCCCCUCCCCCGAACAACCGGACGGAGAACGGCCUGGUAUGUCCGUCCUGCGUCGCGCCCUUCCGGGACUCGUGUUCAGGAUCCCAGUUAGCUCGCUGUGUGGGUUCUGAAAGCCACUGCGUCUAUCUCUCCGGCAAUGUUCACGCUGGUAUCAUCAAGCCCAAAUUUGCCACUCGGGGCUGUGCUACAGAGAGUGUCUGCAACACCAAGGCCGGGGCCGAGGUGCCCUCCAUCACCUAUGAGUACUACCUGAAUCGUGCAGACUGUCUCCCAGCCCCCCCGCCCCGCUGGCAGGGGUGAAUGAAGAACCCAGGAUCCCCAUUUGUACUCACCCUGAGCUUCCCACAUUACUGAAAAUAGAUAAUAAAUAAAUAAUAAACAAAUAAAUAAUCAAAUGAA